AAUAUGUGUGCAAAGCUUCUUUUAUUUUCGUUUUUUUUUUUUUUUACUUUCGGUUCUCUGGUCAGUAUUUUUGGCCACCAUUGCCACUCCGGUUGCUUGAAGUCUGUUUUUUUUUUUCUUUGAUGUAUUUUGGCCCAUGGGUCAGAUCCAAGUCUCGCUCCUUUGGAUUUAGGUAAAUACACUUUGAAUUUUCUCACUACUUAUACAGACACACACACACGCAUACAAAGGUUAUACCAGGAAGUAAAUGCAUUUGUAAACAUGACUCACAAAACAAAUGUCAUUUUACUCAGGAUGUUUAUGCUGUUCACUCAUUUUUAUUCAUAACUUUUCUAUUAUUGUAAAAGGUUUAUUUUAUCGACAUCAUGCUAUUAGUUCUAGCUAUGUAACAUGUUAUCUUACUGCAACUGUCAACAAUGCUGCUUAGUAUGUUGCAAAAUGCAACAUGUAGGCUCACAUAAAACAUUUAAGAAAGGCUGUAAAGGUCCAACUUACUCAACAGACAGAACAAUACAUGUUGGGAUCAAAUGGAAGUGAGAAAACAAUUUGGAUACAAUUUUCUUUGAAAAACUAGAAGUUUUUUUUUAACGAACUGAAAAAGAUCACAAACUUGUUUUUUAUUUAAUUUUUUUAAAGGAUCUAAUCAGUGAAAAAUAUUCAACCUCAGUUUGUCUUCUUCAUGGGCCUGGGAAAGCUUUGUGGUCCUAAUUCAAAAGUCUUCUGUUUUGUGUUUUUACCACUAAAGCAAAGGUUUAAUCUAUCGCUUAGUGUUUUUUCAAAAAAAAAAACCUGGUUUUAUUUUUUAUUAUUAUUCUGUUCACGUUAAGUACUUUAAAUUUUGAACUGGAUACCAUAAUUUUCAAUACAGACAGAUUAAAAACUAAAAUAUUCAUUUUGUGUCAAUGGAAAGCUACAAAGCUAAAUCUUACUUUAACUGUUAGUUGCUAAGUGGCUAAAAUGUUAGACGUAUGGUUAAAAUGAUAAAGGUUUCUUAAAUUCUUACUCAACAACUACUCCGUUUUCUAGUUCAAAAUAAGAGCCUCAAAUGCAAAGUUAAAGUUAAAACACUAAUCUUACCUCUAAAUAAUAUCUGAAUGUUAUUUUGCCAGACAAUCUCAUACCGACAGUAACUAGAUAGAAACAAUGCAUGCCCAGACAUCAUAUUAAAAUUAGCCCAUUUUAUCUUCAUUGUAGUUUGAAGUAAUCUUUAAAAAAAUAAUUUUAUAUAAGAUGAGAUAGCUAUAGCAACCAUGAAAUGUUAAUAAAGGAUGCUGAAAAAUACAAAUACUGAACAGACUCAUUCAAUACUUCUGUGUGGACACAUAAAAACAAGAAUAAACAACAAAAGUGUAGGAAAAAUUUUUUUUUUUUUUGUGAAAAAUAAUCCUUUAAGGUUUUGAAUACAAACCUUCAAAAACAAAACAAAACAAAAAAAAACAAUAUUGAGACAUGCAAAACAUCUGCCUGUCAGAGAAAUUAAAUGCCAGAAAUGGAAUUUGGAUUAAUUUAAUCCUGACAGAUAACAUCCUUUGAUGUGGAUUAAAGAAUGAGUCAGAGAGGCAGUGUUUAUUUAUGAAAUGUAUUGGUGUUGCAGCGAUCAACAAACCUGUGUUUGAAAGCAAUGUCAAAAACAUUUCAUUCACCAUUGUUGCCACAUUUGUUUUAUUAAGCAUCAUAGUGUUUGUCAAGUAGAAAUAGAAAUCCAUCUGAUGUCUCAGAAUGGGGAAAUUCUAAUACAGUAAUACGUUGGUAAUGAUUAUCAACUGUUUUCUUAUUACUCCUUAUUUCUUUGCACCAUCCUCCUCUCCCUCUUUUAGGCUUCUGAUUUUAGGUGCUAAUAUCUGAAUCACUUAAUGUCAUUACAGACGUCCAAGUGGCUAAAAUAUUUAUUGUCAGGUAGAAUUUCAAUGCACUGCUCCUGAAAUGCUGUAGCCUGACAAGUAUUACACCCUCAUAGUGCUUUGAGAUUGUAAUAUUCCAUACUGACAGUGUGCUGAUUAUUUCACUUUGAUAUAGGGAAAUAACAAUUUUUUACCCAUUAGAAAAACAAACCGCACAAAAAUAAAUACUUUAAUGCUACUUGUGAUAGACUUACAACUGCACUGUGCUGCCAUGAAAAAUAAUAUAUAAUUUUCACUGUAUGUAAACUUGAGUUUUCAGCUCUAAUGUCUUUUGAAUUAUGUCACUGUUUAAAAAGCUAAACCCCAAAACAUCUUAAAAGGUUCGGCUUUGUUAAAUAUUUGCUCACAGCUUUGAUAAUCAUUGUGUUCCUAAGAAAAAAAGAACUGUUCUUUCUGUGAGAUCAUGUUUAUAUGUUAGGCAAAAAAUUGCAUUGAUUCUCAAAAGUUUGAACAUGGCACUUUUUACGUAAUCAAUAAUCUGGUGUACUCCUUACUUUCUGCUGGCUGCUGGUUGUCUUCAUUUGAAUUUUGAGAUUAAAUACUUUCUAAUAUAACUCAAUGUAACCAAAUUGGGUGCUUCUUUCGUCAAAAAUAUUAGUAAACAUCACUAAAUUGUCACAAUAUUACACAUGUGUUGAGCAGAACGACAGUAGGAGUCAUUAAGAAGCUUACAGGCGUUCUGUCAGAUUAGGUUUUUUCUCCUUCUAAUCCUGUAGAUUACCACUGCACAGCCUGCUGGCUGUGAGUCCUUCGUUGCGCUGUGCAGGUUCUUUACAUUGAUAUAUUUUUUUGUAGCCACCACAUUGAUGAAUUAAGUUGACUAAGAUGGAUGGAAGCUGUUGAGGAGAGGUCAAAGGGAGGCGGAAUUGCAGAUUUUGCAGGUGGGACAAAGCUUUAAAAACAUCAUAUGUGACUGGGUAAAGUAGGAAUGCAUUCUGAGGUGGAUUAUCCAAAACACAACAUGGAUUCCUAAAUGUUUUUAUGGAGAUAUAUUUUUUUGUCUAAACAAAGAAUAGGUGCUACAACCCUACACCUCAGUGGGUUAUCGGCUGAGCAAAUAGGAUCAUCUCUUCUUGGGACUAAUGCAGAUGGUCUCCAUCGCUCAGUGAAAUGGAGACAGAGCCAUGUUGUGAAGAGCGGAGGGAUGGUGUGUUGGAUCCCACAGAGCCUGAGGUAGCGGAACGCAUUUCUGAACCUGCAGACUGCGAUCCUCUGAACAAACUGCCUUGUGGGCCUCCAGAACAAGGUGAAGAACUCUGUGGGAAAGAACCAUCUGAAAUCGAGAACCAUGCAGUAGAGAGUAAAGACACAGAGAUAAAAAGCGUAUCCAACUGCGAGCAAGAGAGAGAACAAGCAGAAUGCAAGGUAGAGAAAAAACUGAAGAAAACAAACAGCUGGAAGAUGGUCCGGUUUCAAGACCCCUCGACAGAAGAGGAUGUUGUGGAGAGGGACAGCUCUGCAGAGAUUCUCUUUCCAGAAUACGCUGUGGAGGAAUGGACAUGUGCUCAGUUUGAGGAGCUCUUCAUGGCAGAGGACUGGGAGAACAUCACAGAGGACCGGCUGUUGAGGAAGAAAAUUCUGGAAUCAGGAGACAAACAGGUCCCACGCUCCACCUGGGGUCAAGAGGUCACUGUGAAGAUGCAGGGUGUUCUUGAGGACCGGACUGUGGUGGAGAAGGACUGCAAACUUGUCUUUGUUAUCGGAGAGGGAGAUGUAAUACAGGCUCUAGAGGAGUGUGUCAUGUCCAUGCAGAAGGGGGAGAUCACAUUACUGGUGGCUGAUUCCCAGUAUGCCUAUGGACUUCUGGGAAGAGAGCCUGACAUCCCUGCAUGGGCUCCACUACUCUACCAACUGCAGCUGCUGGACAUCAGAGACAAACCAGACCCGGAAACUCUGCCCAUUGCUGACCGCAUCCGCAUUGGCAACCAGAAGAGAGAGCGAGGAAACUUUCACUUCCAGAGAGAGGAGUACAGCCUGGCUGCCAGAGCUUAUUAUGUAGCUCUGGAGGUGCUGACCACACACAGCCAAGAUGGAAAUGAUGUUGGCAUGAAGGAGGAGGAGGAAGAGGUGAGGGAAUACCGGGUGAAGUGUCUGAACAACCUGGCCACCGCUCAGCUCAGACUGGAGCAGUUCGACGAGGCACUGCACACCAGCCGGGACGUCCUGACCCUCCAGCCCAACAACGUCAAGGCCCUUUUCAGGACCGGAAAGCUGCUGUCAGAUAAGGGUGAAUACAAAGAGGCCAUGGAGGUGCUAAAACAGGCCUUGAAACUGGAGCCAACCACCAAGGCAAUCCAUGCAGAAUUGUCCAAACUUGUCAAACGACAAUCAGGAGGCAAAGAUACGCAACAGUGGAGACUCAAACCAGCAAAGGGACUUUCCUGGAAGUUCAUCCUGGGAGCUCUGGUGGUGGCAUUUGGCAGCUUGGUGACGUCAAUGAUUAUGACCGCAAGAAACUAAAACUCCUCAGCAGGAAGGAAAAAAUAUGUGAUUCACUGGAACUGAUUGAUUUCCAGUUGUCUACCAGCAGGUCCCCACCGUAUGAGCAGCACAGCCGGGAAGAAAACUGAACUUGAGCUUUGAAUGUUUUUACUGAAGAGUGGAUUUUAGAAGAGAGUCAGUUGAUAAGUUUAUAAAAGUUAUUUGCAGUCAGUUUUAUUUGGGGAAGGGAUUGCCUUUAUUUUUGCUUACAAAGAUGCUUUAAAAAGUGUAAAAAAAAAAAACUAAGUAAAAUAGCUCAAAAUUACAUUUGGACUCCACAAAGUCCAAAUGUUAAAAUAUAUUUUACCAUAAAAUAUUGAAGGAGAUGUUGGUAAAUUUAAUCCUCUAAACAAAUACAUCUCUGUUAGCAUUACAGUCCUGAUUACAAAGGGAGAUUUUAAUAAAAACAUUUGACAAACUCUUAAAAUUAUUAAAUAUAUUUAGGCUAAAUCCUAAUUCACGUUAACCAGUUCCAAAUAAAUAUAAAAGCUUAAAUAUUUUUGACAAAAUACAUGAUGUCAAUUUGUAUUUAUAUAUGUGCAGUUUACUACAAAAACCUUCAUUUUGACCAAAGAGUAACCCUUCACGAAACUAUGUUUACAGUUAAGAGGUGAAAUAGAAUAAAGUAAAAACAAAUGUAAA